AUGGAGAGUCCACCACCCCAGAAGAAGUGGCAGACUCUUUCCCAGCUUCCCUAUGGGAAAGCUCUCUACAGUUAUGAGGGGAAAGAACCCGGCGACCUCAAGUUCAGCAAGGGCGACAUCAUCAUCCUGCGGCGCAGGGUGGAUGAGCACUGGUACCAUGGGGAGCUGCACGGGGCUCAUGGCUUCCUGCCCGCCAGCUACAUCCAGUGCAUCCGGCCCUUGCCACAGACCCCGCCCCAGGGCAAAGCACUUUAUGAUUUCGAGAUGAAGGACAGAGACCAGGACAAGGACUGUUUGACCUUCACCAAGGAUGAGAUCCUGACUGUCAUCAGAAGAGUGGAUGACAACUGGGCAGAAGGCAUGCUGGGAGACAAGAUUGGGAUCUUCCCCCUGCUGUAUGUGGAGCUCAAUGACUCAGCCAAGCAGCUCAUUGAGAUGGACAAGCCGUGCCCAGCUGCUGCAUCUGGCUGCCAUGCCUCCUUGCCCUCUGACCCUGGCGCGGCAGCCAGUGUGGCCCCAGGACCCACGUUAAGCAGCACUGGGGCAGUCAGUGCCUUUCAGCGGCGUGUGGACAGCAAGAAGAAUGCCAAGAAGCGCCACUCCUUCACUGCGCUCAGUGUGACACACAAGUCCUCCCAGGCCACCAGCCACAGGCACUCCAUGGAAAUUAGUGCUCCAGUCUUGAUCAGCUCCAGCGAUCCCCGGGCUGCAGCCAGGAUUGGUGACCUGGCUCAUCUGUCCUGCAGUGCUCCUGCCCAGGACUCCUCCUCCUCGGCCGGACCCGCCCCAGCGGCUGAACAGCAAGGCACAGCUCCCAAAGUCCAGCUGCCCCUCAACGUGUACUUGGCGCUCUAUGCUUACAAGCCCCAGAAGAACGACGAGCUGGAGCUGCGAAAGGGUGAGAUGUACCGCGUCCUAGAGAAGUGUCAGGAUGGCUGGUUCAAGGGGACAUCCCUGAGGACUGGACUGUCUGGGGUGUUCCCAGGAAACUACGUGACCCCCGUCUCCAGGGCUCCGGUAGGAGGGGCUGGGACACCCCGGAAUAAUGUUGUUGGAGGGUCUCCACUGGCCAAAGGGAUGGCCACAACGAUCCACCCAGGUGGUGGAAGCCUGAGCAGCCCAGCCACUGCCACGAGGCCAGCCCUUCCCCUCACCACACCCCAGGCCCAGCACCAGGCGGCCGCCCCCCCAGUGGGCAGUUGUCUGCGGCACACAGCCCAGCCGGCCACCAGCCAAGCCCGGGGCACCGUCCCCACAGCUGCCCACUCCUCAGCCCAGGCUCAGGACCGACCAACGGCCACCGUGUCGCCCCUGCGCACCCAGAACUCCCCGUCCCGCCUGCCCACCGCCAGCCUCAGACCCCACUCCGUGGUGUCCCCACAGCACAUCCACCAGCCCCAGGUGCAGACGGUCAUCGGGGCCCAGUGCCCCCGGCCGGCCAUCCCACUUACGUCUGCAGCAUCAGCCGUCACACCUCCCAAUGUCAAUGCCGCCAACCUCAACGGGGAGGCUGGAGGGGGGCCUGUCAGUGGCCUGUCGACAUCCAGCCCCACCAACACAGGAUGCAGACCAGAUGAGAAAAAAAAUGAGAAGAAAGAGAAGAAAAGUGGACUGCUGAAGCUUCUUGCUGGGGCGUCUACCAAGAAGAAAUCUCGCUCCCCACCAUCCAUUUCUCCAACCCACGAUGCCCUGGUGGCAGUGGACACCUCACUCCAGGGUGCCGUGGGACCCGAAGUAUCCUCACUGUCCAUCCAUGGCAGGGCAGGGUCCUGCCCCAUAGAGAGCGAGAUGCAGGGUGCAGUGGGGAUGGAGCCACUGCACAGAAAGGCAGGCUCCUUGGAUCUGAACUUCUCCUCAUCUCCCUCCAGGCAAGCGCCUCUCUCCAUGGCUGCCAUCCGUCCGGAGCCCAAGCCUUUGUCCAGGGAGAGGUACCGCGUGGUGGUCUCUUACCCUCCCCAGAGCGAGGCAGAGAUCGAGCUGAAGGAAGGUGACAUUGUCUUUGUGCACAAGAAGCGUGAGGACGGCUGGUACAAGGGGACCCUGCAGAGGAAUGGCCGCACCGGUCUCUUCCCGGGAAGCUUCGUAGAGAGCUUCUGA